AAAAAGUGAGACGAGACUCUGAUUGCGGUUCGGUUUAUUAACUUGAAAGAUUCAUUUAGGGUUUUGAGAGAUCAGUGUUGUGGACGAUGGCAGACGAAGUGACGCAAGAAGAAUCGGCUGGUGAAUCGUUGAUGGACAAGAUAUCGGAAAAGAUCGAUGACCAUGAUUCGUCCUCUUCUUCUGAUUCUGAUCACGAUGAGAAGUCAUCGCCGUCGUCGAUUAAGUCCAAAAUCUCCCGUCUCUUCGGCAGGGAAAAGCCUGUGCACAAAGUUCUUGGUGGUGGAAAAGCUGCGGAUGUCUUUUUGUGGAGGAACAAGAAGAUAUCAGUAGGAGUUCUUGGUGGUGCAACUGCUAUGUGGGUUCUGUUUGAGUUGAUGGAAUACCACCUACUUACUUUGGUCUGUCACUGCUUGAUCCUAGCCCUUGCAGUACUGUUCUUGUGGUCUAAUGCAUCCACCUUCAUCAACAAGUCCGCACCUCGAAUUCCGGAAGUUCAUAUCCCCGAGGAUCCAGUUCUCCAGAUUGCGUCUGCUCUUAGGAUUGAGAUUAACCGGUCUUUUGCUUUACUUCGGAAUAUUGCAUCUGGAAGAGAUUUGAAGAAUUUCCUUUAUGUAAUUGCUGGACUGUGGGUCUUAUCUAUUGUGGGGAGUUGGUGCAACUUCUUGACCUUGUUCUACAUAGCUUUUGUGCUCCUGCACACAGUACCUGUCCUCUAUGACAAGUAUGAGGACCAGGUGGACUCAUUUGCUGAGAAAGCUAUGGCUGAGAUCAAGAAGCAGUAUGCAGUCUUUGAUGCAAAGGUUCUAAGCAAGAUUCCCAGGAGACCAUUGAAGGACAAGAAGAAGGUUUAGAUUGGCCUUUAUGGUAGUUGUGUCUUGUUAAAUUCCUGAAAUUUUAUUCAGUACUGGUUUGGAACCCGUUCUCUUCCUUUUUUACGAGUUGAGUUCACGCUGUGGAUGAAUGUGUUUUUGUUGAUAUGCAUGAUAUGUGUUCACUAUAUUAGUUGGCUACCAAACAGUAUAGUGUAUAUUCGGUUUUGAGUGCUCUCAACGUUUGUGGUUCUGAAACUAGUCGAGAUGAACUCGUUUUGAGGAAAUAGUUUUGUUUAACAGAUGCUUCUAUGAUGGAUUGUUUGGCA